GCUGCGUCUGUCACCAGUGAUUUCUUCAUGCUAAAUCACAUAAACCUUUCAGGCCUAUCAUAAUAUAAAAUUCCUGUACAUGAUGGCAAAUUGAUCAAUCCGGCCUUAAUUAAGUGCCGGUUAUACCUGCCAGCAUGGACUGUUAACGUAUUGUAAACUUUCACAAGAUGAAAAAAUACUGGAUCCAUUAUUUGAGCGCCAAGAAAAAUCGUUGCGCUAAGCAGAAAAGUUUACCCUUUGGAGACUCUAGAAAAUCUAUUUUUACGAGAAUCACUUAAUAUCAAUAACAAUCAAUGAUGGCGAGCCGAAAACCACGAAUGCAACCUGGUUUGACAAGGACGCAGGCACUACGACAGGCGAGAAGUGCCACUGUAGUGAGAGAAUAUGAACAGAAGGAAACAGGACGACAACCACAACCAGUCUUGGCAGACCCUAUCAGAAGGCGACAGUAUACUCCAGCUGAGCCAAGGAGAGUCGAUUUUGCCAGACCAACUAUGACAAAGGCGAUGCUGGCCCGAGUGAAGCAUGCGGAGAAGGUCAAGCAGGAAAUUGAACGUAAACGAGAGGAAUCUAUGCCGCGAAGGAGGCCAAGAAGGACACCUGCACCGAUCGGUGGUGAUCCUAGAUUUGGUAGAGAGAGACCUAUUAGACGUGCCCCGUCUCCGCCGAUCUCGCCUCCUAGACCAGCGAGAAGGCCAGAAAGACGAAUAAUGCCAGAGAGAAGAGCGCCAGAACCGACUAUCCCCGAGAGAACCAGGGAAUUAGCGAGAUCCAUGAAUGCUCAGGUGAUCCAAGCCGAGCCAGUAGGCGAGGGCCCAAUUGAUAGCAUUGUGAUACCACCGAAAUCGGUGAACGAGAAUCGGACCACUAUUGUUAGCAUCCCUCAACCACCUGCGAUCAGCGUUGAACCGUGUGAAGUAGCGAAUCGCUCGAUUCAAGUGAUCAGUGAGACUCUCGAUGAGCAAGAUGCUGCUGAAGCGGAGACAGUGCAUGGCAAGUUGGAGGACUUGCAGCAAGCAAGACGAGACUUUGUAAUAGCUGUGGCGAAUGUCGCUGGUAAUGCCGUAAAACUCACAGAAGAAGAAAGAUCUAGAUACAUUUACAGAGUUCCUGACAUUGAAAGCGAGAUGUUCCGUAUCGAAUACGGUCGAGAACAUCCAACCGUCGUGGCGGCACGCGAAUUCGCCCAAAGAAGUAUGGCCGGAAUUAGGGCGCGUGAGGCAGCUCGCCGAACCAAACAAGAAUUCGAGAGGAUAGCUCAGGAGCCAUUGCCGGAGGAUCUGCGUUUUGAUGUGCCUUUCGAGGAGGAGUUUUUACGUGAGGGCGACAUAUCCUGGGAAGAGGAGGAAGACAUGCCGAUUGUGUCUAGGAUAAAACCCACGAUGCGCGACAUACCAAGGCGCGAGGCACCUUAUGAGUAUCCUUCAUUUGAUCCAGAGGAGUUAGAGAGAUUUUUCGACGUGGAACAUUAUCCAUUAAGUCCACCACGUGGACCACCACCUGGUCGCGAGCAUCUUCCGCCGGAUCUUUGGGAGCUAGAGGAUCCUUGGGCGACAUGCGGCAUGUGUCCACAGCCAGACGUAUCCGAUCUCAUUCGCUUCGAGAGCCCUUAGUCCUUCGUCUAUCAUGUACACAUGAUGUGGUAGACUUGUUUUCGUUUUCAAAAUUGAUCUAGGAUAUUCUAUAAAAAACUAUACUCAAUUUGUAAUAAGUGCAUACUUAAUGAGGGGAACCAAUGAAGAAAAUAGAUCGAUAAAUUAAACGUUUAAACGUUUGUGAAACACGAGAAAUCAUCAUUUAUCAACAUCCGUCUUGCAUCGUUUGAUUUAUUAUAAAACAAUAUUUUGUACAAUACUUAAAUACUCAGUAUUUAAAUUUAU